AUGGGCCAAUGCUGUUACGCAUAUUUCUGUUUUUCCUGUUUUGUUCUGUCGAUCGCAAGAAAGAUCGAUGAAUCGUGUAUAUCGUGUUGCUGCGUUCCUGGUGCACUUGUUGUAUACUGCAUGAAAAUUAGAUCAAUUCUUCGCAUUCAGGGUGAUUCUUGUGAUGACUAUUGUGCUGUCACAUGUUGUCCAUGUUGUGCUGCAGUUCAGAUGCGAAAUGAGCUCAUUGAACGAGGACUUGGUUAA